GCGAUUACCAUUUCAAUCUGGCGAAUACUGACCGAUCCAAUCCCAUCUUUUGAACCAUGAUGGCAACUGGUUGAGAAAUUUAUUACACUACCAAUGUCUCCAUGCAAGAUUCCUUAUCUCACCCUCUGUCUAUCCACAAAAUUCCAGUCAAGAACUGUCUGCAACUCUGCAUCAUAUAUUUGAGGACAGCAUGGUCAUUUGUGAAUUGUGGCCUAGAGUUCUUCAUACCUCUAAAUAUCCCUAUUAUUGGUUCUAUGCCGUUAAUGUAGUUUCUACAUACCUAUCAUGGGGAUGGGGGAUGGGGGAUGGGGGAUGGAUGGGUUUGGCAAAAAGAUGGAACCGGUGGAAGGAAGGAAAUUCGGAAAUGGAUUAAUUGUGUGAAGUAGAAGACCAAUGUUUCAAUGCCAUUGGUCUGCAGCCAGCCCCUCCUCGUCUACAUCAAAGAAUAUAUACAGAGAGCAUUUAAUGGACGACAUGGACUGUUAACCAAAGCUCCCACACAGUUUAUGAACGCUUCAAAAGUCUGCAACAAGUAAAUGCGACAAUAGAGAGGGAAUUGCCUUCGUGUGUCAUCGAUAUCAUCACCUGCCCUCUCUAUAAAUUAGCAAUCAAGAUGACAACAUAAUGGUAUGUAUGUAUGGUUGAUUCACUGGACUUGAAUUCUCCCAUGGCUUACUACUCAUCCACCCGUUCUUCUCCCACUACUUCUCCGACUCCAUUAAUGUCGUUUUUCUAUCUUUGCCUUAUCGUCUUAUUCCUCUGUACUUCCUCUGCGUUUGGUAGUGGAUUAGGGGUCUCUUCCUCUCAGUCGUCAUCAAGUGAAACAGAGGCUCUACUCAAAUGGAAAGCCACUCUCCAAAACUACUCUGUCCCUGCUCUCCGUUCUUGGAAGCUUACAUCAUCAUCCUCAGCACCAAUCCCCUGCUGCAACUGGUUUGGUAUAACUUGUAACAAAGCCCGAACCAGCGUGGUUGAGAUUAGCCUUCCAGGACUGGAGCUGCAAGGUACGCUUCACAACUUCACCUUCUCUUCUUUUCCCAAUCUCCUUCGUCUCAAUCUCAGUGGCAAUGGACUCACAGGACCCAUACCAGUGCAUAUUGGUAGCCUCUCCAAACUCCUCCUCCUUGAUCUCUCCAUUAAUUAUCUUUCCAGCGUUCUGCCCCCCUUAAGUAAUUUAAGCAGCCUGCACUACUUAGACCUCUAUGGCAAUGAAAUCAGUGGCACAAUUCCUUUAGAAAUAGGGAAUAUGAAAAGUCUGGUUGAGUUAGAAAUAGGUUCGAAUAAAUUCACUGGUACGAUCCCCCAUGUCCUGGCUAAUUUAAGCAACCUUCACUUCCUAUACUUGCAUACCAAUGAACUCAGUGGUCCGAUACCUUAUGCAAUGGGAAAUCUAGAAAAUUUGGUUGACAUAGGCCUAUCUGAAAACAGCCUCAGUGGUCCACUCCCUCAUUCUCUGUCUAAAUUGAGUAGACUAGAGACCCUCCAUCUGUUUGACAAUCAAUUGUCUGGUCCAGUGCCUUCUGAAAUCAGAGAUAUGAAAAAUUUGGUUGAGUUGGAUCUAUCUCAAAAAAACCUCAGUGGUCCAAUCCCUCAUUCUCUGUCUAAUUUAACUAGACUGGAGACCCUCUAUUUUGAUUCUAAUCAAUUAUCUGGUCCUGUGCCUUCUGAAAUCGGAGAUAUGAAAAAUUUGGUUGAGUUGGAUCUAUUUCAAAACAACCUCAGUGGUCCAAUCCCUCAUUCUCUGUCUAAUUUAACUAGACUAGAGACCCUCUAUUUGCAUGGCAAUCAAUUAUCUGGUCCAAUGCCUUCUGAAAUUGGAGAUAUGAAAAAUCUGGUUCACUUGGCAAUACAAAAAAACAAAUUCAGUGGUCCACUCCCUCAUUCUCUGUCUAAAUUGAGUAGACUAGAGACCCUCCAUCUGUUUGACAAUCAAUUGUCUGGUCCAAUGCCUUCUGAAAUCAGAGAUAUGAAAAAUUUGAUUGAUUUGGAGCUAUCUCAAAACAACCUCAGUGGUCCAAUCCCUCAUUCUCUGUCUAAUUUAACUAGACUAGAGACCCUCUAUUUUGAUUCUAAUAAAUUAUCUGGUCCUGUGCCUUCUGAAAUCGGAGAUAUGAAAAAUUUGGUUGACUUGGAUCUAUCUCAAAACAACCUCAGUGGUCCAAUCCCUCAUUCUCUGUCUAAUUUAACUAGACUAGAGACCCUCUAUUUGCAUGGCAAUCAAUUAUCUGGUCCAAUGCCUUCUGAAAUUGGAGAUAUGAAAAAUCUGGUUCACUUGGCACUACAAAAAAACAAAUUCAGUGGUCCACUCCCUCAUUCUCUGUCUAAAUUGAGUAGACUAGAGACCCUCCAUCUGUUUGACAAUCAAUUGUCUGGUCCAGUGCCUUCUGAAAUCAGAGAUAUGAAAAAUUUGAUUGAUUUGGAGCUAUCUCAAAACAACCUCAUUGGUCCAAUCCCUCAUUCUCUGUCUAAUUUAACUAGACUAAAGACCCUCUAUUUUGAUUCUAAUCAAUUAACUGGUCCAAUGCCUUCAGAAAUCGGAGAUAUGAAAAAUUUGGUUGACUUGGUGCUAUCUUAUAACAACCUUAGUGGUCCAAUCCCUCAUUCUCUGUCUAAUUUAACUAGACUAGAGUUCCUCUAUUUGGAUUCGAAUCAAUUAUCUGGUGCCAUACCUCAAGACUUUGGUAGCCAAGCAUCCAUUGUAAAAUUCCAAUUGUCCGACAACGUCUUAUCUGGAAGCUUACCACAACAAAUAUGCCAAGGACGAUCACUUCAAAGAUUAGUGGUUCAAAACAAUAAUCUUACGGGUCCUAUUCCUGACUUCAGAAAUUGCACAAGUUUAGUGAGAGUUAGACUUGAAAAAAACCUAUUAGUAGGAAAUAUAACUGAUAGUUUUGGUGUAUAUCCACAUCUUUAUUACAUUGAUAUGAGUCACAAUAGACUAUAUGGAGAGCUAUCACCAAAUUGGGGAAAAUGUAAAAAUUUGUCUGUUCUGAAGAUUUCUGGAAAUAAUAUUAGUGGGAAGAUACCACUUGAGAUUGGUCAGUUAACUCAACUUGGAGAACUUGAUCUUUCUUCCAACAAACUUGCUGGAGAAAUACCAAGGGAACUUGGUAACUUAUCUACAUUGCUCCUUUUGUAUUUAAAUGACAACAAGAUUUCAGGGCAUGUACCAGUUGAAAUCGGCAAAUUAAUCAAUUUGGAUCAUCUAGAUCUAUCGGCAAACUGCUUGAUUGGAUCAAUCCCUACACAACUUGGUCAAUGCUCCAAAUUGUUGUCAUUAAAUUUGAGCUAUAAUUCAUUGAAUGGAAGCAUUCCAUCUCAAAUUGGUGAUCUUGUAUCCCUACAAAUUCAAUUGGACCUUAGUCAUAACUCAAUCAGUGGACCGAUACCACCUGAGCUUGGGAAUUUGAUGAUGCUAGAAAUUUUGAAUCUAUCCCAUAAUAUGAUCACAGGCUCAAUACCUUUUUCUCUUGAAAAUAUGGUUAGCUUAGUAUCUCUUGAUCUAUCCUACAAUGAGUUAGAGGGUGUUGUUCCCAACACUAGGGUUUUUAGAAAUGCUUCUUCACCUCAAGCAUUUAGAAACAAUAAAGGGCUAUGUGGUGAACUCCAAGGUCUACUUCCCUGCAAUCGAUCUCUUACAAGCAAAGGAAUGAAAAAAAAUGGACACAAAGUUGUCAUAUCCAUUGUUGCUUCUUUUAUAGGAAUUGUGCUCCUAAUAUUUGCAAUUAUCAGUGUUUUCUUCCUCUUGCGAAAGAAAGUGAAAAAGGAGAAUAUAGAACAAGCAAGAAGAAACCAUGGAAAUGUAUUUUCAAUAUGGAAUUUCGAUGGAAAGAUUGCUUAUGAGGACAUUAUUCAAGCAACAGAGGAUUUUGAUGCCAAAUAUUGCAUUGGAACUGGAACUUAUGGGAGUGUUUACAAAGCAGUGCUACCUACAGGCCAUGUAGUCGCCUUGAAGAAGUUUCAUCCGUUGGAAGGUGAGAUGAUAGUUGAUGAUGAAAGCUUUGGGAAUGAGAUUCGUGUGUUAACAGAAAUAAGGCAUCGAAACAUUGUCAAACUUUAUGGAUUCUGCUCUCAUCCACGAUGCAUGUUUCUUGUUUAUGAGUACAUGAAAAAAGGAAGCAUAGCACGUAUCUUAAGCAAUCAAGUAGAGGCUAUUGAGUUUGAUUGGCAGAAAAGAGUAAAUGCCAUCAAAAGUGUGGCCAAUGCUUUGUCUUACUUGCAUCAUGAUUGCAUUCCCCCAAUAAUUCAUCGGGAUAUUUCAAGCAAAAAUAUAUUGCUAGACUUGGACCUUGAGGCUCAUGUAUCUGAUUUUGGCAUUGCAAGAUUAUUAAAGCCAGACUCAUCUAAUUGGACGUCACUUAAAGGAACUCAUGGAUAUAUUGCUCCAGAGCUUGCAUACACCAUGGUGGUAACUGAGAAAUGCGAUGUAUAUAGUUUUGGAGUAGUGGCAUUAGAAAUAAUUAUGGGAAAGCAUCCAGGGGAGCUCAUCUCCUCUUUAACAUCAUCAGUUGGCCAAAAGAUUCUACUAAGGGACAUGUUAGACUCAUGCCUUACCUUUCCAUCAGAUCAAAAUGUUGCAAAGGAUGUGGUUUCUAUUGUGAGAAUAGCAGUUGCAUGUUUACGCAAUCACCCAGAAUCCCGCCCAAAUAUGCAUCAAGUAUCAAAAGGGCUACUUGUUCUCCAACCAUCAUUUGUGGAGCAUAUUCAUACAAUUACUAUAGGUGACCUAGAUGCUAUUGAAAUACAAUAAUUGUGACCGACGACCCAUUUGACCAACAGGGGACUGACGUGAUUUGUUUAAGACUGCACUCAAAAUUAAACAAUAAAUCUCAAGGUUAGCAUUUUGUCAAUUGCAUGGUUAUCAAUCCAUUUCAUUCCAAAAUUGUAUCAUCCUUUUGGGAUUUUGAUAAGGAUG